ACUUCGGAAGAAUGACCGUAAACAAGAAAGCGGAAACAAAAGGGGUUUUUAUAAAAACACAAACACAUCUCCGGCUGUCGAAGUACUCAGGGAAUACACUACAGUCAUUGACUUCGCCUGCAAUAAUACCGAAACUUCAGAAAACAGUGCAUCGAGGUAUUGUAACUUGGAACACGUCGGUGAAAAUGGCUCUGAAGAGAAUAAACAAGGAACUUCAGGAUCUGCAGAAAGACCCUCCAGCUCAGUGCUCUGCUGGGCCAGUGGGGGAUGACAUGUUUCACUGGCAGGCGACCAUAAUGGGUCCGGGCGACAGUCCUUACCAGGGAGGAGUUUUCUUUCUCACAAUCCACUUCCCCACUGACUACCCGUUCAAGCCGCCAAAGGUAGCAUUUACAACAAAGAUUUAUCACCCAAACAUAAACAGCAAUGGGAGCAUCUGUUUGGAUAUCCUCCGAUCACAGUGGUCUCCAGCACUAACGGUGUCUAAAGUUCUAUUGUCUAUAUGUUCACUGCUUUGUGAUCCUAACCCAGACGACCCCUUAGUCCCAGACAUAGCACAAAUCUACAAGAACGACAAACUCAGAUACAACAGAAUAGCAAAAGAAUGGACCAACAAGUACGCCAUGUAAAGAAGAGAAAUAAUCACAGAUGAAUACAAAAUACAAAAACAUGCUGAGAUUUUUCUUUUUCCUUCUUUUUUAAAGUCACGACACACUGUAAAUGAAAGUAUGGAAUCAUAAAUUAAUCUUAGAUAACUUCCAUGAAACUAAACUGUCAUUUUCAUCAUCGUCACUCUGAGUUCAUGACAUACAUGUUCAGAGAUUCUUCAAAGAUUGUCGAAAGUCAUUGAGUUGAUUUGUCGACAUUUAAAUUGUGGCAUGUUGUUUUUGCACCGAGGACUUUUUUUUAUUUAAAACACACACAUUCCUUUUAAAUUGCUUCUUAGAGUUGUUAAUUUUUUUAAGUUAAAGUAGUGUAUUAUAGGCGUUAAAACACAUCAUCCGCUUGUCAGAAACAAGCCUUUUCUUUGAUAAACGACCUGAGUGAUGACAGCAUAUACACCACCAGUCAAAAGUUUGGAAACACCUUCUCAUUCAAGGGUUUGUAUUUAUUUUAAUUAUUGUAAACACUGUAGAUUAAUACCAAAGACAUCAAACUAUGAAAGAACAUAUAUGGAAUUAUUGAAUGAAGAAAAAAGUGUUAAACAAAGCAGAAUCUGUUUUAUAUUUUAGAUUCUGUAAAGUAGCCCCCUUUUUCCUUCAUGACAGCUUUGCACACUCUUGGUAUUCUCUCAGUCUGCUUCAUGAAGUGGUCUCCUGGAAUGGUUUCUAAUUAACAUGAGCCAUGUAUAGAGUUCAUUUGUAGAAUGACUUGCCUUCUUAAUGUGUUUGAGACCAUCAGUUGUGUUGUUAAGUGGUAGGGUUAGUAAUAAUAAUAACUGGGAUUUAAAUAGCUCCUUUCAAGAAACCCAUGGUGGCUUCACAGGGUCAGGUAGGGGGUCUGGGGGGUAGGUGGGGACAACACUAUCUAAUGUGGAAAUGUGCGUUUUGACCCAAUGGAUAGCCCUAUUUGACUACUGUUGUAAUCCAUAUUAUGGCAAAACCAUAUUAUGUCAUAGUUUUGAUGUCUUCAGUAUUAAUCUACAAUGUUGAAAAUAGUUAAAAUAGAUAAAAAAAACAUUGAAUGAGAAGGUGUGUGCAACCUUUUGACUGGUAGUAUAUGUCGGACCAAAUGCCAGGUUCAGUGAGACACACCUCCAGAGCCUCUCAGUGUCAGCUGAGGAAGAAAAGAGCCAUGUGAAAAUACGUACUCUUGGUUUACUAAUCCAGGCACAGUUUAUAAUCUGUACCCGAUGGUUUUCGAUCUCUGGGUAGGAUCUGUAAUCGCCAAGUACCUCCCUUUUAUCUGGACUGUCCUAACACAAUGACAGCUGGAAAUCAUAAAACACAACCUCAAAUCCAGAUGAGUUGGACUUCCUCGGCUGAUGACGUCGCUCUAUGACGAAAGAAACUGUGUUUACAAAUCUGUGCCCACAGACUGCACAUCAGCGGGCAUGGAUUAUGAACCUGUAGGCACAGAUUAUGAACUGUAUGCACUGAAUCCUAAACCCAGAGUACAGAUUUACACAUGGCUCUGGUUUUUUUUAACUCGCACCAGGGGAGGAGGGGGGGGGUUGAGCUCACUGAAUCACGGAAAUGGGGCCAGACAUGCAAGCUUGUCAUUCUGACACACGCUUUAGAGUAAAGAAAAGCUCCAUCAUAUUACCUAACAUGAAAACGUCGCCCGGCCUUGAUGUAGUGGGCGACGGUGGUGUCGUCUGAGUUCUUUUGCAUCUUGUAGCAAGUUGAGUAAAACGAUGUACUUUAGAAGUCGAAAUGAGGAAAUGGGAGCGAUUACAAGUCAUGUAUUACUGUGUUCUUCAUCUCUUAUUAUUAUCAUUGUUUUAUUAUCAUCAUUAUUAUUAAUAAUUGUAUAGUAUUAAAACCCUCUGGAACUCUUA